AUGGCCGCUACAAUCCCUCACUUGGUCGAAUGGGUUCAAGCGCAGGAGCUCCAGGGCCCUCGCAUGAAGGACGCGCCCAUCUUCCAGCGUAACCUCGAGGAGACGCUCGACAUGCGGCGGACAGAGCACAACCUCAUCACGCUCCGUAAGCGGCAGAACCAGGUCGACUUCUCGUCCAACGACUUCAUCUCCCUCGCGGCCAGCGGCAUGCUGCGCACCGCCUUCUUCGAGGAGCUGGCACGCCACCCGGGCUUCAAGCUCGGUAGUACGGGCUCGCGACUGCUCGACGGCAACAACGACUAUAUUGAGCUGGUCGAGCGCGAGAUCGCCGCCUUCCAUGGCGCAGAGUCGGCCCUCGUCGUCAACUCGGGCUUUGAGGGCAACUGCGCCAUCUUCUCCACCAUCCCGCGGCCCGGCGAUGCCGUCGUUUACGACGAGCUUGUACACGCUAGCGUCCACGAGGGCAUGUCGCGCAGCAUGGCUCUCAACCGCACCUCAUUUCGCCACAACGACGUCGACUCGUUCCGCGACACCCUCGAGGCCGUCCGCGACUCGCAGCCCAUGAUCGAGCGCGGUCAGCGCUGCAUCAUCAUCGCCGUCGAGACCAUCUACAGCAUGGACGGCGACAUCUGCCCCCUCGCCGAGAUGGUUGACAUCGUCAAGGAGCUUUUCCCCAAGGGCAACGCCCAGUUCGUCGUCGACGAGGCGCACAGCACCGGCAUUGUCGGCGAUAAGGGCAUAGGCCUAGUCGGCAUGCUUGGCCUGCAGAAUGACAUCGCCAUCCGUCUGCACACUUUUUCCAAGGCGCUGGCUUCCUCUGGCGGUGUCAUCUUGUCGGGCAAGACGGUUCGCACCAUGAUGGUCAACCACGCGCGGCCGCUCUUCUUCACGGCGUCGCCGUCCUUCCCGACGCUUGCCGCCAUCCGAUCAGGCUACGACCUCUUAAAGAGCGGCAAGACAGCGCCCGCCCAGCAGCGUCUCCAGGAUCUCCUCAAGCUUUUCUUCCGCACUAUCACCGGCCACCCGGUCUGGGAGGCGGCAAACGAGGCCGGUGUGCUCCGCGUCCCGCUCGCGGACGACUGGGAGACGAGGCCGUUCCAGACGCAGAUCGUGCCCGUCCUGACCGAGGCGCGACACAAUUACUUUCUCUCUCUGCACCUGCAGCUGCUUGACUACUUUGCGUUCCCCAUCGAUCCUCCCGUCGUCCCCAAGGGCACGAGCCGCGUCCGUCUUGUGUUCAAGGCGACCAACACCGAAGAGGACGUUACGGGUGUGGCCGAGGCGAUUUGCGAUUGGGCGCGUGAGAUGCUCGAGAUCAAGAAGAGCGGCAACGCCGGCCAGCUCCCCAAGGCCGCGCGCACGGUGUUCGCCUCCAUCAGUGAUACCCUCAACGGCGGCAAGUCGUUCCAGAUGUAG